AUGACAGUGGCAGACACCCGUUGGGUGGAAAGCCAACAAGCUGACUCUAAGCCAAUGGGAGAAAGUGAAAGAGUGAGUGUGCCCACACAUUGCAGCUGUCUCCAGCCCAUUUCCCUUCCAUCCCAUAACUCCAUUCCCUCCUUUAUAUACCCCCCACUCCCCUCAUUUCUCUCCACCUCCACCGCCACCUCCAUAACCAACUCAUUUUUUCUCUGUCGUCACUGCUCAAAAAUGUUUCUUCACCAUUUCUUAUUUUCCUUUAUAAUACUCUCAUUCUCUGCUACUUCUUCAGUAGCAGCAACAACAAUUGUUAAUCCAAAGAAGCAAACUUUAAACACCCAAGGAGGUGGAUUCUUUAACCCCAAGCUUCCACCGAGAACCCUUUCUUCUUCCAAAAAGUUCGAAGGCUCAUCGAACCUAGUGGACCUCCGUUACCAUAUGGGUCCGGUGCUUUCUUCUUCACCGAUCAACAUCUACCUCAUUUGGUACGGUCGUUGGUCUGUUUCUCAAAAACUCCUAAUCAAAGACUUCAUAACCUCCAUCUCCCCUUCCACCAAGCCUUCUUCUUCUUCACCUUCCCCUUCCGUUUCCGAAUGGUGGAAAACUGUUUCUCUUUACACCGACCAAACCGGAGCCAACGUUUCCCGAACUGUUGUUAUAGCUAAAGAACACUCAGACAUGCGCUACUCCCAUGGCUCUCAGCUCACCCGCCUUUCUAUCCAACAAGUUAUUGCCACCGCCGUCAAAACUGCUCCUUUCCCCGUGGACCAUCGUAAUGGAAUCUACUUAAUCCUCACCUCCCAUGACGUUACCGUUCAAGACUUUUGCCGUGCCGUUUGCGGCUUCCAUUAUUUCACAUUCCCGUCCAUGGUGGGUUACACUUUACCCUAUGCUUGGAUCGGGAACUCUGGGAAACAAUGCCCCGAGGUCUGUGCUUACCCAUUUGCCGUUCCGGGAUACAUGGCCGGCGGUGGGCCGGGGGCAUUGGCCCCACCGAACGGAGACGUCGGCUUGGACGGGAUGAUUAGUGUUAUCGCACACGAGUUGGCCGAGCUGGCGACGAACCCGCUUGUGAACGCGUGGUACGCUGGAGAAGACCCGACGUCGCCGACAGAGAUCGGGGAUCUGUGUGAAGGGUUGUACGGAACGGGUGGAGGAGGAGGGUAUAUUGGUCAAGUUAUGAGGGAUGGUAAAGGGAAGACUUAUAACGUGAAUGGGAAUAAUGGAAGGAAAUUUUUGGUGCAAUGGAUUUGGAGUCCUGUCUUGAAAGCUUGUGCCGGUCCAAAUGCUUUGGAUUAAUUUUCUUUUUUUCUUUGUUUUGUCUUGGUUUUUUUAUUUAAAUCAGAUUCUUUUCUUUGGAAUCUUGAUUUUUUAUAUUAAUUUUUAUGGGUUUAUGGGGGGAACAUAGUUAUGUAUACCGAGUAUAGUGCUGGAGAUUAUGGUUUAGUUCAGAGAUGUAUAAAGAGCUGGAUGGUGUUUAAAUUUUAUUUUUGUAAUAUUUAUUCAUAUUUUUAUAGCAUUAUUAUUUUUC